AUGCCAUUAUAUGCCAAAUUUAUGAAGGAAGUGCUGACAAAGAAAAGGUCCUUGAAAGAAGGACAAAUUGUUGAGAUGACAAUGGAGUGUAGUGCUAUUCUCCAAAGAGGCUUACCAGAGAAGAAAGAUGAUCCUGGAGGCUUUUAUAUACCUUGCACCAUAGGAAACAUAACAAUUGAGAAAUCAUUCUGUGACCUUGGUGCAAGCAUAAACUUAAUGCCUCUGUCUCUCAUGAGGAAACUUCAAAUUCUUGAGGUGAAAUCCACUCGACUAGCUCUCCAAAUGGCUGACAAAUCCAUUAAGCAAGCACUGGGAGUUGUAGAGAAUGUGCUAGUAAAAGUGAGAAAAUUUAUUCUCUCAGCUGACUUUGUCAUCCUAUAUAUGGAACUGGACCCUAACACCCCCAUCAUCGUGUGGAGGCCUUUCAUGGCUAUAGGCAGAGCAUUGAUAGAUGUUGAAAAUGGGGAACUGUUGCUGAGAGUGCAUGAUGAGCACCUAGCAUUUCAUGUUUUUAAGACACUACAUGAGACCACUCAAGAAGAAGAAUUCAGGAAGGAUAAAACCGAAGAUAAAAGUUUGAAGGAAGCAUUCAAGGAGUUAACUCCAAGGCUCCUAAACUCAUGCUCGAAAGAAGUAGAAAUGGUGAAACAGACCAAAGAAGUCAAAGAGAAAUUAGAACCAAAACCCCCAGAUGAGACCCUCAAUAAGAAGUAUCCCGACAAAGAACCACCAAGAGCCGUUUCUGUUUUUAAUUCCAUUGGACUCGAAUUUUCUGUUUCUGCAAACCUGAUCACUGUUGUGGGAGCUAAUGCUGUGGCUGUUCCGGUUGUGUUGGGUUGCAAUGCCGCUGUUAUUUUGACUAAAAUUGUUGCGUGGCUAUUAUACUUGUUGCUAGUACUUGUUGAUGGUGAUUUUGUGUAUGGAAUGUUGCUAUGGUUGCUGGAAAUUCAUUUGAUGAGUCAGAACUUGAGAUAUGUUGUUAUAGAUGAGAUGCUGAAGAAUGGAUGCUGUGAUAAUAUGGUUACGUUGCACCUAUGA